AUUUUCGUUCUCAAUCCUCCAGCACAAGUAUACGUACAGGACAUAAACUUAUAUACUAUGGACUAUCUGAUCAUAAUACGUAUCACAGCUGUUGCUGUUGUGCUAUAUCUCACCCGCUACGUUUGUUGUCUAUACUUGCAUCUGCAAAAUGUACCAGGUCCGUUGUUUGCGAAGUUCACAAAUCUGCAACGCGUGUGGUGGGUAAAAUCCGGACGAGCCCAUGAAUACCACCGUCAGAUGCAUGCUGUGUAUGGGUCUGUCGUUCGAUUCGGUCCAAAUAUGGUCUCUAUCUCGGAUCCUCGCGCCAUCCCGGCUAUCUACCCUAGUAGGCCCGGAUUUCCCAAGAGCGACUUUUAUCGCACACAGAAGCCCUACACGCCAAACAAGGGCGCCAUGCCGGCGGUGUUCAAUUCCCAAGACGAGGACCUUCAUAAAAGGCUUCGAAGCCCGAUUGCUCCUCUAUAUUCCAUGACAAAUGUGGUGAAGCUCGAGUCAUUUGUCGAUCAAACCCUCGCGGUACUGUUGAAACAGCUCGAUGAUCGGUUCCUAGACAGCAACGAUGUUCCGUUUGAUCUGGGGAGCUGGCUCCAGUAUUUUGCGUUUGAUUCGAUGGGGACAUUGACGUUCUCUCGACGAUAUGGAUUCCUCGAACAAGGCCGCGAUAUGAAUGGAAUCUUGGGCGAGAUUUGGAAGUUUAUGAAGAGAGUUUCCAUGAUGGGCCAAAUUCCGUGGUUUGACGAGUUCUGUAAUACGAACCCGUUUAUAGCAUUGUUCAGGUCACCGACAGGGUUUGGGGUGUUAAAGGUAGUCGAUAAGUUUAUAUCGCAGCGCUUGGCCCCUCGUGAAAAAGGCGAGGUUUCGGACGAGAAGGAUAUGCUCUCCCAGUUUCUCAAUAUACAGGCCUCAAACCCUGAUGUUAUGCCUUGGGCCCCAAGAGCCUGGACUUUCUCUAAUAUCAUGGCUGGCUCAGACUCGACUGCAAAUGUCAUGCGUACAAUUAUGUAUAAUCUCUUGGUUCAUCGGGACACGCUGAGCCGUCUGCAAGAUGAGCUUAUGGAAUCCGAGAGCAGAAAUGGUCUUUCUCGUACGUGUCCCUCGUGGGAGAAAGUGAGAGAGUUGCCGUACCUCGACGCGUGCGUUCUAGAGGCUUUAAGGCUGCAUCCUCCAUUUUGUCUACCUUUUGAGCGAGUUGUUCCUGGCGGUGGUUUGACUGUUUGCGAGACAUAUCUUCCAGCAGGGACCAUUGUCGGAAUCAGCCCGUAUAUGGCCAACCGGGAUAAAGAAACCUUUGGUAAUGAUGCGGACGAAUGGAGACCCGAGAGAUGGCUAGGCCUGAGCUAUGAAGACCGAAAGAGGCUGGAGAAUAGCUUGUUGACUGUGGGUCUAAACUUCGUCUACUUUGGAGCGGGCCGUCGUACUUGUCUGGGGAAGAAUAUCGCCAUCCUUGAGAUCAAGAAGUUAAUUCCGGUGCUGCUUUUGAACUACGAUAUACAAAUCGUCAACCCGGAGAACUACAAAACCGAGAAUGCUUGGUUCUUCAAGCAGAUGGGACUACAAGCAGUGAUUCGCAAGCGGGCGAAAAUGGAGAGAGGUUCCAGUAACAAGGAAAAGCCCACUCUUCCACCUGUCUUGAAUAUUCCUCCUUCAUCAUCGACCGUCGAUGUGCGAGUGAUCGACCCAGGAACACUCCUUGACCUACGACCUGAUCUAUUCUGGCAACCCGAACUGCCAGGCCUUAAAAAGGUGACAGCGCCAACUUACUGCUUCUUAAUCUCGGCCGGCACUCGCCAUGUUUUAUUUGACUUAGGAGUUCGACAGGACUGGGAAAACCUUCCGCCAUCCGUUGUAGCCAUGAUCAAAUCACAGACAACCAUCCAGAACCCGCGCAACAUCUCGGAUAUUCUGGACUCUGACGCAUCAUCCUUAGGCAUCCGCAGCACAGACAUCGAAGCCAUUAUCUGGUCGCAUGCCCAUUUUGACCAUAUCGGCGACCCGUCCACUUUCCCACUGUCUACCGAGCUCGUCGCCGGUCCUGGCAUCCGGGACACCCACUGGCCCGGGUUCCCAACUAACCCGGACGCGAUUAAUCUCAACUCGGACAUCCAAGGUCGCAAGGUGCGGGAAAUCUCCUUCGAAAAGACAGGAAAGGAAGCCAUCAAGAUAGGCUCGUUCGACGCGCUGGACUAUUUCGGUGACGGAUCUUUCUAUAUUCUAAACGCCGCAGGCCAUUCCAUCGGUCAUAUAGGCGCCUUCGCGCGGGUUACCACCUCGCCGGACUCGUUCGUAUUCAUGGGUGGAGAUUCCUGCCACCAUGCUGGUGUUCUUCGACCUUCAAAAUAUCUUCCUUGUCCGUCUCACUCUUCUCACAUUCCGCUUUCGUCUGAAUCAGAAUCCGUUUUCACCUUGUCGCCUGUGCUUCCUUCUGAUUACGACGCGGCGCUGAAGACAGUCGACAAUAUCAAAGAGCUCGAUGCAUACGACAAUGUAUUUGUGAUUCUUGCUCAUGAUAGUACCUUGAAAGGGAAUAUGGACUUUUAUCCUUUGACUAUCAAUGAUUGGAAGGCAAAAGGGUACGGCAAGCAGACAAAGUGGCUGUUUUACAAAGAUCUUGAAGACGCUAUGGAAGGGACCAAGUAG